GUUCACCGUCGGCUGAGCCAAGAAAGGCCGCUUCCGAUCCUCCAGCCCCCGAGGCGCGGGGGCGCGCGGACGCCCGGUUAUAACUGAACAACCCGAGCCCCACGUCUCUGAUUGGCUCAGGCAGAGGAAGGGGGCGGGAGAUCGGCAACGAAGGGCGUGGCCGGCUUCCACUCAAACUUGAAGUUUCCCCCCCUCCCCUCACAGCGGAAGCCGACCUCGCCCGCCCCGGAAGUGCAAACUGUGUGGUCUGGCAGGUGUGGAUUCCGCCGGUGAAGGCUGAAGGCAGCUACCUUAAAGAUGCCGGGAUCCGCAGCGAAGGGCUCGGAGUUGUCAGAGAGGAUCGAGAGCUUCGUGGAGACCCUGAAGCGGGGUGGUGGGCCGCGCAGCUCCGAGGAAAUGGCUCGGGAGACCCUGGGGCUGCUGCGCCAGAUCAUCACGGACCACCACUGGAGCAACGCGGGGGAGCUGAUGGAGCUGAUCCGCAGAGAGGGCAGGAGGAUGACGGCCGCUCAGCCCUCCGAGACCACCGUGGGCAACAUGGUGCGGAGAGUGCUCAAGAUUAUCCGGGAGGAGUAUGGCAGACUCCAUGGACGCAGCGACGAGAGUGAUCAGCAGGAGUCCCUGCACAAACUGUUGACAUCCGGAGGCCUAAACGAGGAUUUCAGCUUCCAUUAUGCCCAACUCCAGUCCAACAUCAUUGAGGCGAUUAAUGAGCUGCUAGUGGAGCUGGAAGGGACAACGGAGAACAUUGCAGCCCAGGCUCUGGAGCACAUUCACUCCAAUGAGGUGAUCAUGACCAUUGGCUUCUCCCGAACAGUAGAGGCCUUCCUCAAAGAGGCUGCCCGAAAGAGGAAAUUCCAUGUCAUUGUAGCAGAGUGUGCUCCUUUCUGCCAGGGUCAUGAAAUGGCUGUGAAUUUGUCCAAAGCAGGUAUUGAGACAACUGUCAUGACUGAUGCUGCCAUUUUUGCCGUUAUGUCAAGAGUCAACAAGGUGAUCAUUGGCACGAAGACCAUCCUGGCCAAUGGGGCCCUGAGAGCUGUGACAGGAACUCACACUCUGGCACUGGCAGCAAAACACCAUUCCACCCCACUCAUCGUCUGUGCACCUAUGUUCAAACUUUCUCCACAGUUCCCCAAUGAAGAAGACUCAUUUCAUAAGUUUGUGGCUCCUGAAGAAGUCCUGCCAUUCACAGAAGGGGACAUUCUGGAGAAGGUCAGCGUGCAUUGCCCUGUGUUUGACUACGUCCCCCCAGAGCUCAUUACCCUCUUUAUCUCCAACAUUGGUGGGAAUGCACCUUCCUACAUCUACCGCCUGAUGAGUGAACUCUACCAUCCUGAUGAUCAUGUUUUAUGACUGACCACACGUGUCCUAAGCAGAUUGCUUAGGCAGAUACAGGAUGAAGAGGAGACUUGAGUGUUGCUGCUGAAGCACAUCCUUGCAAUGUGGGAGUGCACAGGAGUCCACCUAAAAAAAAAAUCCUUGAUACUGUUGCCUGCCUUUUUAGUCACCCCGUAACAAGGGCACACAUCCCGGACUGUGUCUUGCCUUUCAGAUCUUAACAGAGCAGCAGGGCUUAACUUGUUGAUUUUGGAGCCUCUUAGUGACCUGGUUGCGUCUGUGUCAGGAACUUAAACUUUCUGGUUCAGUAGUGUGUUAAACAUAACACUGAAUACCUUACUGGGAUACAGAUUUUUGCUCAGAAAUGGCUAUGACACUUUUUCUAGGCUCUACCAAUAAAAGCCACUUGAAGGUUC